UCCAUCCCUUUCGCCAGUUAUGGUUCAGACACACAAGCUGCCUAAAAUUCAGGUCUCUGAGGUUCCACCAAAAUAUGGAACUUGAUUUUGGACAUUUUGAUGAAAGAGAUAAGACAUCCAGGAACAUGAGAGGCUCACGGAUGAAUGGGCUGCCUAGCCCCACUCACAGCGCCCAUUGUAGCUUCUACAGAACCCGAACCUUGCAGGCACUGAGCAACGAGAAGAAAGCCAAGAAGGUACGUUUCUACCGCAAUGGGGACCGCUACUUCAAGGGGAUUGUGUACGCUGUGUCCUCUGACCGUUUUCGCAGCUUCGACGCCUUGCUGGCUGACCUGACACGAUCUCUGUCUGACAACAUCAACCUGCCUCAGGGAGUGCGUUACAUUUACACCAUUGAUGGAUCCAGGAAAAUCGGAAGCAUGGAUGAACUGGAAGAAGGGGAAAGCUAUGUUUGCUCCUCAGACAACUUCUUUAAAAAGGUGGAGUACACCAAGAAUGUCAAUCCCAACUGGUCUGUCAAUGUGAAGACAUCUGCUAAUAUGAAAGCCCCUCAGUCCCUGGCUAGCAGCAACAGUGCCCAGGCCAGAGAGAACAAGGACUUUGUGCGCCCCAAGCUGGUGACCAUCAUCCGCAGUGGGGUGAAGCCUCGGAAGGCUGUGCGUGUGCUUCUGAACAAGAAGACAGCCCACUCUUUUGAGCAAGUCCUCACUGAUAUCACUGAAGCCAUCAAACUAGAGACCGGGGUUGUCAAAAAACUCUACACUCUGGAUGGAAAACAGGUAACCUGUCUCCAUGAUUUCUUUGGUGAUGACGACGUGUUUAUUGCCUGCGGUCCUGAAAAAUUUCGUUAUGCUCAGGAUGACUUUUCUCUGGAUGAAAAUGAAUGCCGAGUCAUGAAGGGAAACCCAUCAGCCACAGCUGGCCCAAAGGCAUCCCCAACACCUCAGAAGAGUUCAGCUAAGAGCCCUGGCCCCAUGCGCCGGAGCAAGUCUCCCGCUGACUCAGCAAACGGAACCUCCAGCAGCCAGCUCUCUACCCCCAAGUCUAAGCAGUCUCCCAUCUCUACGCCCACCAGUCCUGGCAGCCUCCGGAAGCACAAGAUUAGUGAUUGCCCUCAUGGCUUUAAAUUUGGAGGCAUUUCGCUUGCCAAGCUGCCUGGAGAUUGA